UGCUUCAGAGCGAUGGCACGUACGAAGCAGACGGCGCGUAAGUCGACGGGCGGGAAGGCGCCCCGCAAGCAGCUGGCCACCAAGGCGGCCCGCAAGAGCGCGCCGGCCACGGGCGGCGUGAAGAAGCCGCACCGCUACCGGCCCGGCACGGUGGCGCUGCGCGAGAUCCGGCGCUACCAGAAGUCGACGGAGCUGCUGAUCCGCAAGCUGCCCUUCCAGCGCCUGGUGCGCGAGAUCGCGCAGGACUUCAAGACCGACCUGCGCUUCCAGAGCUCGGCCGUGAUGGCGCUGCAGGAGGCGAGCGAGGCCUACCUGGUGGGGCUCUUCGAGGACACCAACCUCUGCGCCAUCCACGCCAAGCGCGUCACCAUCAUGCCCAAGGACAUCCAGCUGGCCCGCCGCAUCCGCGGUGAGCGUGCAUAAACCAGUUUAGUACGUGUAUUUUGAGAAAAUAUUUUGACCAACACAAAGGCUCUUUUAAGAGCCACUCCAUACACAAUAAAAGGAGCUGUG